CGAUCUCUCUCUCUCUUCAACAGAGGAAGGGGUUUUUUUAAAAAACCCUAAUAACGUUGUCCGGGAGAGCUUGAGAGUUUUCCUAAUGGAUGCUAAAGCUUUGGCGAAGUCAAAGAGAGCUCACUCUCAACAUCACAGUAAAACUAAAAGACCUCAUCCGAAUCAAACAUCGAAAUCCGCUUCAGUUGCUGCUCCUGCUUCAGCAAGAAAUGAGAAGAAGCCGUCUGGGAAGCAAACCAGGGAGAAAACUCCCCAAUUUCAUGGUUCUGGUUCUGGUUCUGCACUGCCCUCGAACUGGGAUCGCUAUGACGAAGAGUUCGAUUCAGGAACAGAAGAUCUGUCGCUCGGUACUACGAGCCGAGCCAGUGAUGUUGUUGCCCCGAAGAGUAAAGGGGCUGACUAUGGUUUCUUAAUUUCAGAGGCUCAGUCACAGUUACAAUCACAAUCUAAUCCCAACUUGGACGGCUUUGCGUUUUUAGAUGAUUCUUUGCCAGACUUAAAUCAGGGAGUGAGCUCUAUGCUUUAUGCCAGGGGAAACAGAAUUCUAUCAUGGAUUGGAGGUGAUGAUUUUAUUGUUGACGAAAAUGUAACCACAAGUUAUGAGGCAUCAUUUCUCUCCAUAGAUCUGCAUGCCCUUGCAGAACAACUUGAAAAAGUAGAUAUUCCAAAAAGGCUCUUCAUUGAAGCAGAUCUAUUAUCGCCAGAGCUGAACUCUGAGGGUUCCAAGGAAAGUAAUCGGCAGGAAUCUGACCACUUUGAAACGUGUGAAAGUGAAGUAGCUGAACAUAUACCAGAUAAAUUGUACCAUGAACGAUCCGACAGGGAAAUGAUUGUGGAUUACAAGGAUGAUGUACCUUCUGCCACAGGUCCAAUGAUAACCCAUGAAGGAGCAUUACUUGUAAACCCAGUGAAGAUUGAUUCAAGGAGAUCAGAACAAACUGAUAUGACUGAAGUUGCAGGGUCCAUAUCUCAGCUGAAUAUAAGUCAAACUACGGACUCAAACAACAAGUCAUCAAGGUUUGAGGGAGCACCAGCAGAAGCAGAGCUUGAUUUGCUUCUUGACUCAUUUGGUGAAUCUAAGUUCCUUGAUUCCUCUGGCCUCCAUAAGGAGAUCAACAACAGUUUCCCGGUUGUUGGACUGGAAUCUUCUACAUCCUCACCUGGUCUCACUUCAGUACAAGCCCAAGUCGUGUUGAAAAAUGUAUCUGUGACUGUCAAUCUGGAUGAUGCAAUUGAUGACCUGCUAUGGGGAGCGUCUAAUCUGAAAAACCAAGGCGACAUGCCGAAGCAUCAAGGAGACAAGGCAGUCCCUCCAGAUCUGCCUUCCACAACCAUGGGUUCUGGGUCUAAUUCUAAAGUUUUGGCUGAUUUUGAUUCAUGGUUGGAUACAAUUUAAAAGUUUUAAUCUUAAUUCUGUAAACCUCAAUUGUGAAUACUCAAAUUGUUCCAUGUCUUUUUUGGGUUACCAGAAUCUGUUAGCA